GCAAAAACUUCGCGUCAGAAUCCCUCUCCCCAACACGCGCUCUAUUCACACACACAACAACGAUGACGCCCACCCCACCCUGCGCACCCUCCGCAAACCUUCCAAACCCCCCAAGUCCCACGAACCCACAACCUUCCCAAAAGCGCAAGCGCAAACCCGCAUCCCCCUCCCACCCCCACAUCCUCCACAGCGCAACAUUCCGACACCCACAAUGGACAUACCUCCACCUCCUGCUCGUCACGCCGUCUAGCACAACACCCAAAACGCCAACAACAGACAUCGACCCCAUCGCCGUCUCCACGCUCCUCACACACCCGCUGUCCGCAUAUCUCGGCACCACAGGGUCCGCCAUACCGAUCGAUAUUGUGAAGACGAGGGGGCGCGAGGUGUGGGUUCGUGUGCCGAGGGGGGAUGCGAGGGCGGUGCGGGCGGGGGUUAGUGGGUGGGUUGGGGGGUGGGAGGGGGAGAGGGUUGCGUGGCGGGUUUUGGGGGAGGGGGGCGUGUUGGGCGUGGGGAUGGGAGGGGGGGGAGGGGAUGUUUUUGGGGGGUGA